UGGUCACGUCAACAAACAUAACGUCAAAAUUGACAAAACAACACGGAUUCUUUUGCUAGCCCGCAGGCAACGUAGUUCAAAACAAUACGCGAGCCGAUAAUGUGGGCCUAAAUUAUUUCUAAUAUUAGAAAACUUGUGCAGUGAAAAUUACAUUAAUGUAAUAUCCAAUAUGGGUACCACGGGCCAGUCUAUCACGCUAGCCAAUAGCAUUAUCGGCGUCGGAAUAUUGGCUAUGCCAUUCUGCUUUCAACAAUGUGGUGUGUUAUUAGCUACACUAAUCCUGGUGUUCAUGGGUCUGAUCUCAAGACUAUGCUGUUAUUUCCUAUUGAAAUCUGCUCUACUUGCAAGAAGAAGAAAUUUUGAGUUUUUAGCUUUUCAUGUAUUCGGACAAGCAGGGAAGUUUGCAGUGGAAGUUGGGAUUAUUGGUUUUCUAAUGGGAACAUGUAUAGCUUACUUUGUCGUCGUCGGCGAUCUAGGGCCACAGAUUGUGGCAAAAAUGUUCAACAUAAACCAAAGUGACAUAUUGAGAACAUUUAUAAUGGUGAUCGUGUCACUGGUAUGUGUGCUUCCACUGGGGCUGUUGAGGAACGUGGACAGCUUGAGUAAUGUCAGCGCGGCCACCAUCGCGUUCUACUUCUGUCUUGUUAUGAAGGUAAUAUUCGAGGCUGGUUCUGUAAUGAUAUCGAGUGACUGGGCUUCGCGCGUGGAGAUGUGGCGACCGGCUGGUCUGCUGCAAUGUGUUCCUAUAUUCUCAAUGGCACUCUUUUGUCAAACACAACUGUUCGAGAUAUUCGAGUCCCUGCCUAGCCUCUCACUGGAGAAGAUGAACGUAGUAACUAAGAACGCGAUCAACAUUUGUACUGCGGUGUACUUUACGCUGGGCGUCUUCGGAUACGUGGCUUUUGCAUCACAUGAAAUAUCUGGUAACAUCCUAAUGAGCCUGAGCCCCACGAUGGCGAGUGACGUCAUCAAGCUGGGCUUCGUCAUGUCGCUCGCAUUCAGCUUCCCGCUCAUCAUCUUCCCUUGCAGAGCCAGUUUGUACUCUUUCUUGUAUAAAAAGGUGCACUCCUCCCACCAUGACCACAUAAUCAACCACUCGAUCCCCGAAGCCACCUUCCGUUGCAUCACGGUUGGCAUCAUAGGCGUGGCUCUCUUCAUCAGCUUGUUGAUCCCUAACAUUGAGCUGGUACUCGGCCUCGUCGGGUCCACUAUAGGAGUGCUCAUAUGUGUCGUGUUCCCGGCCGCCUGCUUUGUCAAUGUCACCUUUAAGAAUACUAAUGAAAGGGUUUUGGCUAAGGGCGUCCUAGUCCUAGGUCUGGUGAUAAUGGUGCUGGGAACAUACGCCAACCUGCAGGCGGCGGAGACGAGCAUCGAGAGAUACGACGACAAAUACACGCAGGAGCGGAUCGACAAGAUCGUUGAGGACUUCUUCGAGAGCAGGGUUAAAGAAGAUAUGUAUUUAAAUCAACCACAACACGAUUUACAAAAAGAAGUUGAAAACAAUAUAGAGAUAGAGAAAGAGGAAAGGAAAGAUUCAGAAGUACAACCACCGAAUCCAGUCCCACCGGAGUCUCAGUCAAACGAGAAACUAAUUCACGCAAAGAACGUUAUAAAAACAGAAGAGAAAAAGCCACCACCUUUACCAGAACUUAAAGAUAAUAUAGACAAAGUAUCAGAAACACAUCCAAGGAACCUGAAAAAUAAAUUAGAACUAGCCAACGGUGCAAGCAAUGGUGAAGCAAAACCUAAGGAAGUUAAAACACAAUCAAACGAAGACAAAAUAGAUAUAAUGAAACAACAGAAACUCAUAGAAACUAUCAAACAACACGGCGAGGAACAGAAAGAACUGAUUAAAGAACAAAAAGAGAUUUUAGACGAAAUAUUGAAGACUAAGAAGGAAUUACAGCAAAAUAAGAAUGAGGCUGACGAGGCUAAAGCUAAGAAAAUAGCUGUAGAAAGCAUCAAACAAAUCGCAGAUAUAGCUAUCAAAAGCAUAGGUGGUGUCACUGAAAAGCCUGAUCAAGUUAAAGAUGAUGUUAAAGUUGAACGCUUGGAGAAAAUAACUAAUGAUGCCGUACAAGAAAUAGCUAAGAAAGCUGUGGAAACUAUAGAGGCUAUACAAGUUAUUAAGGAGAAACCUGAACCACCUGCACAGGUUGUAGAAAAUAAACCUGCACAGGCGGUUGCCAACAAUCCGCCUGCACAGGCAGUUGCAAACAAUUUACCUGCACAGGCAGUUGCAAACAAUUUACCUGCACAGGCAGUUGUAAAUAAUGUACCAGCACAAGCUGUUGGAAACAGUCCUGCUCAAGCCAGUGGUCAAGUUAACCCACCACAAAAUAUACAACCAAAUCAAAACCAGCCACAAGCACCAGUAAACCCAAUAGUUUUAAAUGCUAUACCACCAUUGGUAAAUGGCAAAUUGGAACAAACUAUUGAAGCGGCUAAGCCAAUACCACAAGUUAAUAAUGUUGUCCAAAAUAAUGGCGCUUCUCUACAAAAUAACAUUGCACCAGUAAAUCAGGAAGUCAAACGAGCGAUUAACGAAGCUAAUAACGCACCACCGCUUAAUCAAGAAGUUAAACAAGCCAUCAGUGACGCGAUUAACGCACAAUUAUCAAACAAAAUAGCUGGUAACAAGGUUCAAAUUCCUGAAGCUAAACAUUCUCAUUCUGCAGACGAACCACAGUCGUAUAAGCAAGGCGAAGACACACAGGGUAAAGCAGAGAAACAAAUUGUUCAAAACGUGCCUCCUCCUAUAAUUAAUGAACUAGGAAAUAAUAAAAUUAAGAUAGAUAAAAAACCAUUAGCUCAAAUUGACGACAUCAAAGUCCCUGCUCAGAUGAAUGGUAUCAAUUCUAAUGUACCAAAAGACCAAGUAAAUGGUAAUGUAGUAAGAGCUAAGAGAGAAGUAGUAGAUUGUACGAAAACUAUUUCUUUGAAGCCAGAAGAUAGAGAGAAUUGCAACGCAAAGGCAGUCAGCAAAGAGUCCCAGGAGAUUCUUAAGAGUGUUGAUAUGAAUGAGAUAGCGCUACCCAAGUCUUUACCUCAAGAUCUUAAUUUAAUACAUCAUUUAAGAUCUCUUAAAAGUUUUGAUAAGGAUGAGAGGUAAAAGGAUCUCUUUAUAUGUUGGUUUAUUUUUAUAUGCGUGUUCAAAUAAUGCAUUUAUUUGUUUAUACGUUUUACUAAUUGUAUUCUUGAUAUAAAUUCCUUAUAAGUCUUUAAGGGUAAGACGAAUUGGGAUCGUUUUCGAAAUUUUUGAGUAUUAUUGCCAUUGCCAUAUUAGAUUACAAUUUUUUGAUGUUUUAUGGUGGGAAAUUCUAACUAAAAAUUAACUGUUAAGUUAUCAAAAUAAAUUCAUUAUUAUAAAUUUUUGUUUGUAAAUACAUUCAUGAGCUGAAAAUAUUAGUUUGGAGGACUUAAAGUACUUUCAUACACAGUACUCUUGGUAUGAGUUUCAUUUACGCUUUACGAAAUCGAAACGAAAGCGCGAACAACGCUCUGAUUGGUUAGUCCAUUCGCGUUGGCCAAUCAGAGCCCCGACCGCACUCUCGUUUCGUCAACCUAAAGAAAACUUGUACUAAGGGUACUGCACCUUUGAUUUUGUCUCCAAAAAUGUAGACCUAGAAACGAAUAUAAUUUCUAUUUAUACAUGGCAUUUACAGCAGUAUAUAAUACUGAAAACAUACGACUAUACUUGUAAACUAUAGAUUAAACUUGGCUAAACUUAACCUACGCACUACUCCAAUGUGAUAUAACUUGUAUAAGUUAUUUAUUUUAAUAAGUAUUCGUAAACAUUUUUACGUACUAGGCAUCGAGGAUCUUAGAAAUCAGUCUGUUUUAUAUGUUUUUCGUAAUGAUUACAUUGCAGUGUUCAAAUUGGGGUAACAUUUUAUAACCAUUGAGCUUAACUACGUGAGAUUUUUUAGUCUUUGUAAAUUAUAAUUGUCAUCUUCACGCAUAGGAAAGCUAGCGAACAUAAUUAUCAGAAAAAAAAUGUUUUAUUUCGUUUGUGUUGAAAAUGUUCCCGAGUCGGGCAUUACUGGGCUUAUUUCGGUAUUUCGAAAAUUUCUCAGUAGUAGCACGGAGUCUAGAAUUGUGUCCAGUAUGUGGCAUUAGGCUCACCCCCUAUUACAUGGGACUUGUAACACAAAUGGUGAAAAGUGUACAUUGUAUAGCGGCAUUACCGUAAUGUGCACUUCUGCCUACCUCUUCAAGGAUAAAAAGGCGUGACGUUGUAUAUGUGUUGAAAAUAUUUGUACUUCUUCGGUGUACUUACCCAUUAAAUCCCAUUAUUUAUUCGCUAAUGUUACUGUAAGUAGAAUUGUAGUAAAAUACUAAAUUAUUUUUAUGUCAACUUAAUGUCGGUUUGCAUGAUGGGUAUGUAAUGUAACGAUUUGAACAAUUAUUUGUUUGUGUUUGUUUCCUAAGCGCAUAAAGUUUCAAUGUGAUCACGAGUAACUUGACUGAUUGUGUAUUAAAUAAAUAUAUUUUAAAACUAUA